AUGGCGUCCGUGCGCUUGGGGCUGCUGCUGCUGCUGCUGCUGACGACAUUCGGAGUCCGGGCCGCCGCCGCCGACGACGACUUUGAAGGAAACUUGACGGAACAACUUUUGCAGACCUUCCUUUUUCUUUCCGUUCCACAAUUGCAAAGGCGUUCGGUUGCCGGGGGACCAAAAGGGCCGGACGUCCGGCGUGUGUUGUGUUUGCCCCGGGCAGGGGGCGCGCGGCUGGAGCGGCUGGAGCGGCUGCCGCGGCGGGCGGCCUCCCAAGUGCUGCGGCGCCAACGGCGCUUCAACGCCGGGCCCUUCGAGGAGAUGUGGGCCGGCAACCUGGAGCGGGAGUGCCGGGAGGAAACGUGCGACUUCGAGGAGGCCCGCGAGAUCUUCGAGGACGAAACCAAAACGAUGCGCUUCUGGGCCGGCUACGUCGACGGCGACCAGUGCAAGCCGCCCCCCUGCCAGAAUGGCGCCGACUGUGAGGACGGCGUCAAUUCCUACGUGUGCUGGUGCAACAGCAGCUUCACUGGAAAGAACUGCGAGAUCGAGGUCUCCAAGCAGUGUUCGGUCAACAAUGGCGGCUGCUCUCACUUCUGCACCAUGAAGUCCAACGCCGUGCGCUGCAGCUGCGCGCUGGGCUACAAACUGGCGGACGACCUCGCCUCUUGCGAGCCCGCAGGCGAGUUCAGCUGCGGCGUGAUGGGCGCCGCCUCCGCCCCGACGCCGCGUUCGUCAAACGGUUCGACCGACGGCGACGUCAUCGCCGACGAGUGGUUGGACUACGAAUACGAGGAGGAACCGGAGAGCGGCUACAAUAUCUCCGCGGGCUCUCGGCGAAGGCGUCGCUCGGCGAGGAGGGCCGGCGAGCCGCCGCCGCCGCCGUCGCCCUCAUACGGGGCCCUCUUCCCCACGCUGCCCACCGUCACGGCGAAGGAGAACAGCGACCAGAGGAUUGUGGGGGGCUACGAGGCCAAAGCGGGAGACUUUCCCUGGCAGGCGGCGCUGAUCUCGCACUUGGCCAGGCUGACGGGGUCCACGGCGGAACCCUUCUGCGGCGGCUCGCUGCUCAGCGAGCUGUGGGUGAUCACGGCAGCGCACUGCGUGGUGGAGGCCCGCAUGGCGGGGCUCACCUUCUUCGUGCGACUGGGCGAGCACGACGUGGGUCGGCCCGAGGGCCCCGAGCGGGACCACGAGGUGGCCCGGGAGCUGGUCCACAAGUCGUACAAGUUCCACAAGUCGCGCUUCAACCACGACGUGGCGCUGCUCAAGCUGGCCACGGCGGCGGAGCUGUCGGCGCGGCGCCGCCCCGUCUGCCUGGGGCCCGCCGCCUUCACCGAGAGGCUCCUGCGAGAGGCCCCCGCCUCGGAGGUGAGCGGCUGGGGCCGCCUGCGCGACGGCGGCCGGCGCUCGGCCACGCUGCGCCGGCUGCAGGUUCCCUUGGUGGAGCGCGGCGUCUGCAAGGCCAGCAGCCGCGUGCGCGUCACCCCCUUCAUGUUCUGCGCCGGCUUCCGCGACCGCAAGGAGGACGCCUGCCAGGGCGACAGCGGCGGCCCCCACGUCACCCCCCGCCGAAGCGUCUGGUUCCUCACCGGCAUCGUCAGCUGGGGCGAGGGCUGCGCCGCCGCCGGCAAGUACGGCGUCUACACGCGCGUCUCGCGCUACUACGCCUGGAUCAGCAACACCACCGGCGUGCGCACGUACCGCUGAGCCGCGCGGCCUCGCCUCGCCGUCGACGGCUCCUCCGCAAUAAAGACCC